AUGGACCCUUCAAUCAAAGUGAAUGUCAUUAUUGCUCAGAUUCAGGCUUUGUAUAACUACACAAUUAGUUAUAGAAAGGCUUGGUUGGGAAAAAAUAAGGCAAUCGAACAAAUUUAUGGCAAUUGGGAAGAGUCUUACAAUCAACUUCCACGAUGGUUAUUAGUUAUGCAAACAUUUGCUCUAGGAACCAUUAUUAAAAUGGAAAAAAUCCCAGCUUAUAAUGAACAUGGUUUGAUAAAUGGGAUGACAAUCUUUCAUAGACUAUUUUGGGCUUACGUUCCAUGCAUAUCUGCCUUUAAAUUUUGCAUACCAAUUGUACAAGUUGAUGGAACUUGGUUAUACGACAAGUAUAAGGGAACUCUAUUGGUAGCAGUUGCACAGGAUGAGAACGAAAAUAUCAUUCACAUUGCUUAUGCUCUUGUGGAAGGUGAGACAAAAGAGGCUUGGAGUUUCUUUUUGAGAAAUUUGAGAUCACACGUCACUCCACAAACCAACAUUUGUUUGAUUUCAGAUAGACACGAAUCUAUCAAAAGUGCUUACAAUAAUCUCAAUAAUGGGUGGCAACAUCCUCCGUCAAAGCAUGUGUUUUGCGUCCGACAUAUUGCACAAAAUUUUGCAAGGGAAUUUAAGGAUAAUGCUUUGAAGAACAAGGUUAUUUCUAUGGGUUACUCAAUCAAUGAGUCUACAUAUCGAUACUACCGCAGAGAAAUUGGCAUCGUAAACCCAGAAGCUUUGAAAUGGUUAGACAAUAUACCGCGACAAGAUUGGAUUCAAGCAUUUGAUGGAGGUUGCCGUUGGGGUCAGAUGACCACCAACCUUGUGGAGUCGAUGAAUGCAGUAUUAAAAGAACCACGCAACCUUCCCAUCACUGCUUUGGUCCAAUCAACAUAUUAUAAAACAGGUACACUAUUUCCAACCAUGGCAAAACAACACGCAUCAAUUUUGCUUGGAGUUUUUUUUUGA